AGCUCGAACUUUACUUGAGAGAGAGAGAGAGAGUUUGCGAGACAGAGAGAGGGAGAGAGAGAAAGAGUUUGCGAGACAGAGAGAGAGAGAGAGAGUUUCAGAUCUCUCACUUCGCCAUGGCUCAACCUCUCAUAAAGAAAGACGACGAUAGAGAUGAGGAAGCAGAAUACUCUCCGUUCUUGGGGAUUGAGAAGGGAGCGGUCCUUCAAGAAGCCAGGGUCUUCAAUGAUCCUCAGCUUGAUGCGAGGAGAUGUUCUCAGGUCAUCACAAAACUGUUGUAUUUACUCAAUCAGGGGGAAACAUUUACAAAGGUUGAAGCCACCGAGGUAUUUUUUGCCGUCACAAAGCUUUUUCAGUCCAAGGAUACUGGCCUAAGGAGAAUGGUUUAUUUGAUGAUCAAGGAGCUCUCCCCCUCCGCAGAUGAGGUUAUCAUUGUCACGAGCUCUCUAAUGAAAGAUAUGAAUAGCAAGACCGACAUGUACAGGGCCAAUGCUAUAAGGGUUCUCUGUAGAAUUACAGACGGAACCCUUCUUACUCAAAUUGAGAGGUACUUGAAGCAAGCGAUUGUUGACAAGAAUCCAGUUGUUGCAAGUGCUGCUCUUGUUAGUGGUGUUCACCUACUCCAGACGAAUCCAGAAAUUGUGAAAAGGUGGAGCAAUGAGGUACAGGAAGCUGUUCAAUCAAGGGCUGCUCUAGUACAAUUUCAUGCACUAGCACUCCUCCACCAGAUUAGGCAGAAUGACCGCCUGGCUGUUAGUAAGCUUGUUACCAGCCUUACAAGAGGAACAGUUCGCUCACCUUUGGCACAGUGCCUUUUGAUUCGAUAUGCUAGCCAGGUAAUACGUGAGUCAAGCCAAAACACGCAAACAGGAGACCGUCCUUUUUAUGAUUUUCUAGAGGGAUGCCUGCGACACAAAGCAGAAAUGGUUAUAUUUGAAGCUGCAAGAGCAAUAACAGAGCUGAGUGGAGUUACCAGUCGAGAACUGACUCCUGCUAUUACUGUUCUCCAACUAUUUUUGAGCUCGUCCAAGCCAGUGCUCCGAUUUGCUGCUGUGCGUACUCUAAAUAAGGUUGCAAUGACACAUCCCCUUGCAGUCACAAAUUGCAACAUAGAUAUGGAGAGUUUAAUUUCAGAUCAAAACAGAAGCAUUGCUACUCUUGCUAUCACUACACUUUUGAAGACAGGCAAUGAAUCAAGUGUUGAUCGUCUGAUGAAACAGAUAACGAAUUUCAUGUCUGACAUUGCAGACGAGUUUAAAAUUGUUGUUGUGGAAGCUAUUCGAUCUUUGUGCCUAAAGUUUCCACUCAAGUAUCGAUCACUGAUGAACUUUCUAAGCAACAUUCUCAGAGAAGAAGGGGGGUUUGAAUAUAAGAAAGCAAUUGUUGACUCAAUUGUAAUCCUUAUCAGAGACAUACCAGAUGCCAAAGAAAGUGGUUUGUUUCAUCUCUGUGAAUUUAUUGAGGACUGUGAAUUCACAUAUCUUUCUACCCAGAUACUCCAUUUGCUGGGAAAUGAAGGGCCAAAGACAACAGACCCCAGUAAAUAUAUACGCUACAUUUACAAUCGUGUAAUUCUUGAAAAUGCCACUGUUCGGGCUAGUGCCGUUAGCACCUUGGCAAAGUUUGGUGCCUUGGUUGAUUCAUUGAAGCCCCGAAUAUUUGUUCUGUUGAGACGCUGCCUCUUUGAUAAUGAUGAUGAGGUUCGUGAUCGGGCGACACUUUAUCUCGAUAUGCUUGGGGGUGAUGGUUCGGUUGGUGAAAGUGACGAAGACGUAAAAGACUUCCUUUUCGGCUCAUUGGAUGUGCCACUGGUCAACCUGGAAAAGAGCCUGCAGAACUAUGAGGCUUCUGAAGAAUCUUUCGAUAUUGCUUCUGUGCCUAAGGAGGUUAAAUCACAGCCUCUUGCUGAGAAGAAAGCUCCGGGUAAAAAGCCAUCUGGUCUGGGUGCUCCUCCCAGUGCUCCUACAUCAACUGUCGACGCAUAUGAAAAAUUGCUUUCAUCCAUUCCUGAGUUUUCAAGCUUUGGGAAGCUUUUCAAGUCUUCUGCACCAGUGGAGCUCACAGAAGCUGAAACUGAAUAUGCGGUCAGUGUUGUCAAGCACAUUUAUGAUGGACAUGUUGUGUUCCAGUACAACUGUACUAACACCAUUCCUGAACAACUACUGGAAAAUGUUACUGUUUUUGUGGAUGCUUCCGAAGCAGAGGAAUUUUCAGAAGUUGCUUCCAAGCCUUUGAGAAGUCUACCUUAUGAUUCGCCUGGACAGAUUUUCGUGGCUUUUGAAAAGCCAGAAGGUGCUCCUGCUGUUGGAAAAUUCUCAAACAUGCUCAAGUUCAUUGUAAAGGAGGUCGACUCAUCUACUGGCGAAGCAGAGGAUGAGGGCGUCGAAGAUGAGUACCAGCUGGAAGAUCUCGAGGUUGUUUCUGCAGAUUAUAUCUUGAAGGUGAGAGUUUCCAAUUUCAAAAAUGCUUGGGAAAGCAUGGACCCAGAAUCCGAGAGGGUUGAUGAGUAUGGCCUUGGCGUGAGGGAGAGCUUGGCAGAGGCUGUGAGUGCUGUCAUCAACAUUCUCGGCAUGCAGCCCUGUGAGGGCACAGAGGUUGUUCCAAGCAAUUCAAGAUCCCACACGUGUCUAUUGUCUGGGGUGUUCAUUGGCAACGUGAAAGUGCUGGUCAGAUUAUCGUUUGGGAUCGACGGGCCUAAGCAAGUUGCCAUGAAGCUCGCCGUUAGAUCUGAUGAUCCAGCUGUCAGUGAUGCCAUCCAUGAAAUCGUUGCUAGCGGCUGAUGGGCGUCCCUUUAGAACUUCUGGCACUUCUUUUUGUUUUUUUCUGAGUGAGGUCAGAGAUGAGGCGAAGGAGUUUAUUCCGUCUUAAUUGAUUAUUAGCUUGAAAGGUUUGCUUGUGUCAAAAUGAGAGACAAAUCCAUUUACAGGUAGUGAAUUGGUUGGUUCAGAGGAUGUGAUAAAUAAAAAUCUAACAAUUUAUUUUGUUUUGUA